AUGUUUGAUCCCAUUAGUCAAUUGCCUGACUGCAUCUUAUCUCACAUUCUCACAAACUUAUCCAUCAAAGAUUUUUUGAAAGCUCGUUUACUCUCUAAAGGAUGGUCUAAUCUUUGGACUUUAACAAGAGAUCUUUACUUUGAUAUCUUCAAUGUCUUUGGUUAUACCGAACAACAACUGCUACAAAAGGGCUAUCUUAUGGAUGUCCCUGUCCAUUCUACUUUCAGUUCUUCCAUCGAGAGAAGGCUCAAUUUGGAUAUUACUAGGGAUCCUUUUGUAAAAUUAGUUGAUCAAUUUCUCAACCAUUUUAAUGCCACCAUUGUUGAUUCUUUCUUGCUCAACUUCUAUUUAGAUUCUCAACAACAAAACACCAUUGAUGAAUGGUUACGUUUUGUAAUUGCAAGAGGAGUUGGAAGAAUAGAUUUACUCUUUCGUGGAAGUCCUUAUACACUGCGCAGCCGGCCACGCAGACCUUAUAAAUUUCCCUUUCAUUUAUUUUCAGAGACUAAUGCUUCAACUCUGAAGCAUUUGCGUCUUGAAUAUUGUAUUGUUUCCAUUCCCCCCAACUGCAAUUUUAUUCCAUUCAAAAAUUUGAGUUUCCUUUCACUUAAAUGGGUAAAAAUGGAUGGAAGUUUUAUUCAAAGUUUAACACAACUUGAAGAGCUUCACUUAGUUCACUGUGACUUCAAAUCAUUAUCAAUAAUGAUAGCGAGUUCUUCCUUACGUCAUCUCGAAGUUACAUCUUGCUAUCUCCUAUUCGGAAACUCCAUGAAGGAUGUAACCCUGACUUCACUAGACUGCCCUAAACUCACUUCAUUGGACUACAGUGGACAUUUUUUGCCUAACAUGAACUUUAAUACACCUAUGUUGAACAACAUUCAGCUCCCUCUUGUAUAUAGUGGAGAAUAUCUUAAUGCAUUUAGACUCUUGGCAACUCUUCCUAAAUUUGAGAAUCUGCAAUUAGAGAUUUAUUCAAUGGUCCCAACUUCCGUAAAAAUAACUCAGCCACUCAAGCAUCUGAAGGAGUUAAGCUUGAUUUUUAACCGGCCGUUCGACACCCCACGAAAAUUAGAGUUUGAUCUAUCUAGCAUUUUAAACAUCCUACAAGCUUCUCCACUUUUAGAGAAACUUUCGGUCAUGAUCACAUCUCCUGAGAUAAUUGAAAACCAGAAAGUUGAUAGGGAUGUUGAAGCGUUCUCUCAUGACGAGGUCAAAGAUAUUGAAUUAAGAGGUUGUGUUGGGAAUUGGUAUGAAGUUGAGUUUGCUAUGAAUGUUAUGAAAUAUGCCAACAAACUUGAGCGAAUAGUUUUAAGUCCAUAUUGGAGAGAUGAUAUGGAUGAAUUUUUGAAUUGGACUUCUAAUCCUGCAUGGUUUCAAAAUGGACGUCAAAGGAUUGCUGAAACGCUUCAAAAUGAAGAAGUAGUUGGACGAGAAAAACUAGUGCUCAUAUAA